AUGUAUUAAUAUGUGGAAGGUGCCAAAUUUAUCCAAAAUCUCUAAAAACUGGAUUGGAAGAUAGGCUAUGAUUAAUUAACAAUAGGAGAAUAAUUAGCUCAAGAAUUAUUGACUGCAACCAAGAUUAGAAGUGUCAAUUUUAAUGGUAAUGAAAUUGUGAAAGGCAAUACAUUUCCAGUGGUAUAUGAUGAGGCUUAAUUAAAUAAUUCCAUCAUAUAAUUGCUAGUUUUAAAUGGACAAAUUAGUAUUUAUGGGCCUUAGCUCAAUUUCUAAGUUAUAGACCAUUAAUUUUAAUACAUUCAGAAUGAAGCAUUUUAAAAUCGAUACAACAUGACAUCUGGAACUAUAAGUUUUGAUGAUAGACAAAGAAUUAUACUAAAUUCAGAAUAAUUAGUGACUGGCAUGUGGAGUUGUGCUUCUCUCUUAAAUUUACCUAAAAAUUAACAGUUUAUUAACUGUCUUCUUAAAUUUAUAAACACACAAAAGGGCAAUAAGAGAAUCAAAUUUACUAAGCAAGAUUCCUUCAUUCUUGUUAACUUUGAUGUAUCUCCAACCUGUAUAUUGGUGUCAUUAGGAGAUCCAACACUCAAAUUAAUUUAUAAGCAAAAGGUCUAUCGAUUGUGGGAGAAUUUCCUAAAUAAGAACUCAUUUUCAUCAGAUCUUCAAUUUUCAAUUAAUGAAUAUGAUCAAUUGGAAAAUCAGAUCUCAACACUACAAUAAGAGUACUCUAGUAUGUUGAAAGUCUUAUCAGAACCCUCCACUUAAUUAAUUGACAGUGUUCCCAAUAAGACAAGUCUUUUAAUCUUAUCUAAAUCGAACCAUCAAACUAAUAAUCAUAAUUCGAUAAUGAGCCAUUAGUUUUAAGGUUUGCUUUAGGUAAGCAGCUAAAAGUUGUUUACAGGUAGAUCACAUUUGGAUACAAAACGUGGGUACUAUUUAUCAGCAGGAUAACUUUCCGAAAAUUCAUUUCUUUAAGAUAUUCCUUUAAUCAACUAAAUUAAUUAAUGA